AUGGAUGCUGUAGAGAAAGCGAACACUGAUAGGCAGAAGAGAUGGGCGAAGGACCAGAAGAUUGGUGAAGGUACCUACGCCGUGGUAUACCGAGGUCGUGAAAUAGCGACAGGACGAAAAGUUGCUAUAAAGAAGAUCAAAGUAGGCCAGUUCAAGGAUGGACUGGAUAUGUCUGCCAUCCGCGAAGUGAAGUACCUCCGUGAGCUGAAGCACCAAAACGUCAUUGAGCUCCUCGACGUCUUCUCAUCGAAGAAAAACUUGAAUCUUGUCCUCGAGUUCUUGGACACUGACCUUGAACUGGUCAUUCGAGAUCGGUCACUGGUCUUCCUCCCUGCCGACAUCAAGAGCUGGAUGGCUAUGACCUUCCGUGGCCUGGAAUUCUGCCACAGAAACUUUAUAUUGCAUCGCGAUCUGAAGCCCAACAACUUGCUCAUUGCCGCGAAUGGGCAACUCAAAUUAGCCGAUUUCGGUCUUGCGCGGGAGUUCGCGGACCCUGGUUACAAGAUGACUUGUCAGGUCAUCACACGAUGGUAUCGACCACCGGAAUUAUUGUUCGGCUGUCGAUAUUAUAGCACUGCCGUAGACGUCUGGUCUGUCGGUUGCAUCUUCGCCGAACUUAUGCUCCGAACGCCAUACCUUCCCGGAGAGAGCGACAUGGACCAACUGAAGACCACCUUCCGUGCUUUGGGCACGCCGACAGAAGACGAUUGGCCGGGACACACGAAACUGCCUGACUACGUUCCUCUAGGACAGUUCCCAAAGACACCAUUACGGGAACUCUUCAGUGCCGCAAGUCCCGAAUGUCUCAACCUUCUCAGCAAAUGCCUCAUAUACGAGCCACGUAGGCGGAUCAGCGCCAAAGACGCCCUAUACCACGCUUACUUCACGUCACAUCCAUAUCCUACACAUCCAUCCAAGCUUCCCAAGCCUGCCACUAAGGCGACUUCAAAUCUCCCUCUGGAGGAGCUUGACGGCAAUGCGGAGCCUAAUGGCAAUGGGCCUGCCGUCAAAGCCAACCCGCCGAACAAGCUCAAGCGCAAACUGUCGUCUGACGACGUCGACAGUGGCGGUCGUUCGAUUGCGCGGAAACUCGACUUCACACAACAUCGGCCGACGCCACAAUAG